GGCAGUGACCACCGACGCCGCUGAAGGGGUUUGUGCUGACGAGGCGCGUUGGGCGCUGUUUGAUUUGGGACGUAUUUGCUUUGGAAAACACGCAACAGCCCAGCACCAAAGUUCACACUGAAAUUCCACCGGCAGCCUUGGCGGACUCCGUCUCUGCAAGGCCGCUUCUCGGAGCUCAGAGCGUCCGCUCUGCCACCAUGAGCCCCCUGCUGCAGCCACUCGUCGUCUCUCUCCUCCUGACGUCCGCCUGCGCUGGGAGCCCAGGCCUCGGAAAGGGAGACGGGAGCUCCCCGCCGGCGGGUGCCCACUGGGAGCGGCCGCGCAACGGGAGCCUGGGCCCGGGCCUGCUCCCCGCCGACUUCCACAGGGAGAACACGGUCACCAACGACUGGAUGGCGGAGGGGGAGGACGACGACUACCUGGACCUGGAGAAGAUCCUGGGCGAGGACGACGACUACAUCGACAUUGUCGACGCCGUCUCGCCCACGGAUGCGGAGACGAGCGCCGGCAACAUCCUGCAGCUCUUCCAGGGCAAGAGCCGCAUCCAGCGCCUGAACAUCCUCAACGCCAAGUUCGCCUUCCACCUGUACCGGGCCCUGCGGGACCGGGCCGACGGCGCGGACAACAUCUUCCUCGCGCCCGUGGGCAUCUCCACGGCCAUGGGCAUGCUCGCGCUGGGCCUCGGGGGCCGGGCCCGGGCGCAGGUGCUCUCGACGCUGCACUUCCAGGACUUCGUCAACGCGAGCAGCAAGUACGAGGUUGCCACCAUCCACAACCUCUUCCGGAAGCUGACCCACCGCCUCUUCAGGAGGAACUUCGGGUACACGCUGCGGGCCGUCAACGGCCUCUACGUCCAGAGGCAACUCCCAAUCCUGGAUGACUUCAAGACCAAGGUGAGAGAGUAUUACUUCGCGGAGGCCCAGCCGGCCGACUUCUCGGACCCGGCCUUCAUCCUGAAGGCCAACGACCACAUCCUCAAGCUCACCAAGGGCCUCAUCAGGGAGGCGCUGGCCAACACGGACCCAGCCACCCGCGUCAUGAUGCUCAACUGCAUCUACUUCAAAGGCUCCUGGGUGAACCAGUUCCCGGUGGAGAGGACGCACAACCACAACUUCCGGCUGAGCGAGCGCGAGGUGGUCAGGGUGCCCAUGAUGCAGGCGAAGGGGCGCUUCCUCGCGGCCGGCGACCAGGAGCUGGACUGCGACGUCCUGCAGCUGGAGUACGCGGGCGGCAUCAGCAUGCUCAUCGCCGUCCCGCGCAAGCUGGCGGGCAUGAGGGCCCUCGAGGCGCAGCUGGCGCCCCAGGUGGUGGAGCGCUGGCAGAGGAGCAUGACCAACAGAACCAGAGAGGUGUUCCUGCCGAAAUUCAAGCUGGAGAAGAACUACAACCUGGUGGAGGCUCUGAAGUCGAUGGGCAUUACCGCACUGUUUGACGGCAGCGGCGACAUGGCGGCCAUCUCGCCCCAGAAGCUCGCCAUCGAUGUGUUCAAGCACCAGGGCACCAUCACGGUGAACGAAGAGGGCACCCAGGCGGCGGCCGUGACCGCCGUGGGCUUCAUGCCGCUGUCCACCCAGGUCCGAUUCGUCGCCGACCGCCCCUUCCUGUUCCUCGUCUACGAGCAGCGCACCGGCUGUCUGCUCUUCCUGGGGAGGGUCGCCGACCCCACCAAGCCCUGAGGGCGGGGGCCCAGGUGUCUGCAGGGGCCCCGCCGACCGGCCGCUGAGAUUCUGUUUCCCCGGUAAUAACGAGAGUGGAAAUGUUCUGGCAUCGUGACGUUCGAGAUUUAUGCUCCCAAUAUGGAACCGAGGCCCACAGAUGGAAGAACCUGCUAGCGCUCAAGAAGCAGGUAGGAAUCGUUCUGCGUGUAAACAAGGGCGUGAGCUCACGGAAGCUCACGUGACCUGCAGAGCAAGGCGCAGACGGCUCACCACCGGCGCCCCGGGACCCACCCUGCACACCUGCUGCCCUGACUCAAGGCCCUUCUGGGACCGAGCGUCUCUACGCACAGAACGCAGAAAACGAGCUGCGGGAUCACUUCUCAGCCGUCCCGGGGAUGGCACACAACUGGCACCACCCCCGAUGCGCAGAGAAGUGACCUCGUGACAUCCGUGGAUCUUGCCUCUCGACGCCCGAUCUUCCAAAUUGACGCUAAACGCCGCCUGCACCUCCCGUUACCUCGCCACCACCAGAGGACAGCGUGUGCACCCAGCCACGUCCCCACCCUAGAGGUGAUGAAUAAAGCCGCUUUGUGUUUCAGUGA